AUGAUAGGAAACCGGUCGAAAGAGAAUGGGAAUAAUUUCCGUAUUGACCCCAUAUCCGAAAACAACACAUUAGUCCCCAAGGUAAUCUUUUGUUUUCGCCAUUGUUUUAUUUAUCCACAAGCUGUUUACAUAGUGAAGUAGAGAACUGUGUGAAAAUCUUGCCAAAUACUAUUCUUUUUCAUCUGUAACAAGCUUCAUGGCCAGACAUUUUUCUCGAACUUUAAGCUCAGCUUGCGCCUUUUGCGUGACCAAAAAACAUUGCAUUACGUCAUGUAACCAUAGUGAAGUAUCCUGUUACGCUGACCACCUUAUACCGCAUACGCGCGUGCCCUUGUUGCUACACAAAAUGGCGUAUGCAGAAACAUACAUACAUACAUACAAACAAUAACAUACAUCCUUUAUUUGGUAAAGCAGGUUGAGUAGAUGGUAGCAUUUUCUGAUGUGGACCUGUCGAGUACUAAACAAAACACUAUGUCAAAACCAGAUCCAUCGGCCGAUGCGCUCCAUAAACCACUCAGCAGUCUAAGUCUAGAGGUGAAAGACUCUUCUGGUGAAGGUAAAUCUACAAUUCAGAGAGAUGAGAGCCCAGUUUCCGGGAAUCGUUACUCAAGAUAUGCUGCAAAGUCUCCUUUAACUAAGAAAAAAACUACGGGUAUGCCGAAAUCGUCUCAACUAAAUCCAAGAGGGGGACAAUUAUCGCAGCGGCAAGUCACUGGUCAGCAGCCUAAACAACAAAAAGCAGUGGUUCCGAAAUCGAAGGGUAUGCUAGCACCCAAGGGUUAUAACAUGCGUCCAAUUAUCCCUGCUUCAAAAGCAGAGUUGCUGCCAGUGGCUCGAGCUAUGCACGGCGACGAUUUUGCCCCAAGAGUCAAGAAGCUGUUUGAUCCCGAACGGCAGGCGGCUGUUGAUGCAAUUCAGAGUGGGGUUUACAUUGGAUGGAGGUGUCACGGUUUUCAGCACGAUUGUAUUCGCGUCUCCAAAAGCUCGAAGUGUUUUUGUGGCCAUCUCCUGAGUGACCACGCAAGUUACACCGGGAAGAGUGUCAUGGUUCCUUGUCGUGCGACGCGCUGCGAGUGCAAAGCUUUUGCCUUUAUCCGGUCCCGCCCUGAAGAGGCAGGUGAAUUUUGGCUUCAACGUCGCCCAGGUUACGACCCAAGUACUUGGCGAGCGAAAUGUAAGUGUAAACAUACCCACGAAGAACAUCAACCCACCGGACUGCGAAGAUGCCGAGUCAAGGGCUGUGGAUGUUCUAAAUUUUUCUCCAAUUUUCUUUGUUGUGCGUGCGAUAGGCAUUGGGAAGAGCAUGAGACCUCGUUUGAAACGACCUCCAUGAGAAAAGAAACGGGUUUGCCUUACGGUGAGGCGUACCUUCCCUUUCAUGAAUUUCCAGAAUUGCGUGACGUGGUGUUGACCGGAAGAGAGGACGACGAUAGUCACUUUCAAGCCCUGACUUCCGGUCCAAACGCAAUACCAGAGAGUACACCAACAGAUUUGGCAUUGAGACUUAGAGGCAUGAAGCCACACGAGUCGCCGUUUAAAUGGUAACUUAAUAGAAUGUACAAGAGGGUUGAUCUCACAGAACACGAACGCCACAUCAGCAUUCAAACGUAACUCCUACGAUAGCAUCUUCGAACCCCAUGAGUGACUAGCAUUUAACGCCUCCUGAUAAUUUCACCGCUGAUUCAAACUUAACGUCACGAGAAUAAAAUAAGUGACCACAAACUAAAGAGGCUCUUGAUUGUUAAACAAAAUAGGGAAAGAGUAGAAAUGGUACAACGUAGGGCAGCACGUUAUGUCCUUAACAAUUAUGAUAGGUCUGCUAGUGUCACCGAAAUGUUGAAACAACUUGACUGGGAUACUUUAGAACUACGUAGGAAGAAAGCGAGGCUCACAAUGCAGUAUAAGAUGUACCAUAACUUAGUUGCGAUUGACCAACAGAAAUAUCUCAAACCAGCCGGCCGAUCCAGCAUACAUACGCACAGGCUCUCAUAUAUCUGCAUCUACAUCUCAAAGUCUAUCAAAGGAAGGCCCAUCACCAUCAGACGUAUAAAGUCCCGACAUUUGUAACAAACUAUCACCGAACUCUUUUUUCCCCACUACCAUUAGGGGCUGGAACAGCUUACCCCUGGGCGUUGCUGAGGCUCAAUCUAUAAACUCUUUCCGAGCCCAACUGGACAUGAUAUGUUAAUUGCUAUUUAAAUUUUUAAUAUCUUUAUUAAUUGCUAUUUAAUUUUUUCCUCGAUUCUUAUUCUUGGUGUUAUUAUAGUAGUAUUAUUAUAUAGUAUUUCUCCUUGGUAUUUAUCCUUAGUGUUAUAAGGCCGCUGACCUCUUGCUGAGAAUCAUCGCAUAGAUUGAGAGCAAGUAUUAGGAAAAUAAAUAAAAUAAGAUUCUCUUUAUAAGCACCACAGGAAAUGUAUAGAAGACAGUAUGGAGAAUAUACAUACUGAUCUCCCUGGCCGGUUAAAUUAGAGUUUUUCUCGCUAUUUAUAUCUGACCCUGUAACAAGGUAAGGUUCGGAUAAGGGGGGAUCGAGACAAUACAGGAUGUACCCGUGUUAACCCAAACUCCUUCAUACCGUCGGCAGGGUCCGAUGUCUUAACAAGUGCAACUUAAGGGCGUGCCUUAAGGAGUAGUGUACGUUGCCUCUCUGGUUUAAAAUCUCAAAAACAGUCGUAGUCUCACUAAAUAUUAAAAAGACACGUUCAUUUAGG